UCUCUCUCUCUCUCUCUCUUUCUCCCACCCUUGCACUUAACGUGCAAGGGUUUAUAACCAAUCACUCUCUUCUUGCAACUCUCACUCCUUCUUUCUGUUUGAGCCGGACAAGACAAAAAACUUUUUUUGGAGAGGGCAAAUGUUCAAAGGUCCAUUUGGAACAAAACAUAAUGCUUUUUCUGCAGCGUUUGGACUGAUUUGAAGCUGCAUUGCUUGUUGACGGUUUACUAGUUUAUUAAUAUUGAUUAGAUGAAAGAAACUUGAUCAUGGAUAUGCAGGUAAUCUUUAUUUUACAUUUCUAAACAUCUGCUGGGGAUUCAAUGCACUUCUUUGAGCAUGCUUCCGAUAUAAAGUGAAAAUUCGGAUUACAUUUUCUAUUCAUCUACAUCAAAAGAGGACAACUGGUUACAAGUCAAGAACUGAUAUGCGGGGAUUAUCCCCGGGUUCUGGACCACAAGCGUAGACCAGCUGUGGGACCUGUGGGCCGGAGAGAUUGGCGGAGCACAGGGCAGGCUCACCACCGGCCAUCCAAGGACCAAUCGCUUGACACACAGAGACGGACAGAUAGACAGUCUGAUGCCAACUGUCUCUGCUGUCAAUCUCACGACACCACUCCUCCUGUUGUUGCUAUGGGCAAUCCACCCCUCCAUGGCAACCAACUGGCUCUCCCUGGCGAGGCUGCCCCGCUCCAGGCCCGUGUCAGGUGACGCCCCCUGCGCGCGGCUCCGAGGGCUGUCCUCGGGGCAGGUGGGGGUGUGUAGGGCGAGGGGGGAGGUCAUGGAGUCCGUGCGCAAGGCGGCCGAGAUGGUGAUCGAGGAGUGCCAGCACCAGUUCAGGAACCGGCGCUGGAACUGCUCCACCACGCCCCGCGGGAUCAACGUGUUUGGGAAGGUCCUGCACCAAGGGACACGCGAGGCGGCCUUCGUGCACGCCCUGUCCUCGGCGGCGGUGGCGAUGGCGGUGACGCGGGCCUGCAGCCGGGGGGAGCUGGAGAGGUGUGGCUGUGACCGGAAGGUCAGGGGGGUCAGCCCGGAGGGGUUUCAGUGGUCGGGCUGCAGUGACAACCUGUCCUACGGGGUGGCCUUCUCCCAGACGUUUGUGGAUGAACAGGAGAGAGCUAAGGGCUUAUCAGCAGGUCGACCCCUCAUGAAUAUCCACAACAACGAGGCCGGUCGGAAGGCUAUUCUGCACAAUAUGCAGGUGGAGUGUAAGUGCCACGGCGUCUCGGGCUCCUGUGAGUUGAGAACCUGCUGGAAGGUCAUGCCCCCAUUCAGGCGUGUCGGCGCGGUGCUCAAGGAACGCUUCGACGGCGCCACAGAGGUGCGUCUGACUCGUAUAGGAUCAAGGACUGCUCUCUUACCCCGAGACCCCCAGGUGAAGCCACCAGCCGCCAGGGACCUGGUGUACCUGGCCCCUUCCCCGGAUUUCUGUCAUCUUGACCCUGACAACGGUAUCCCCGGCACGGCUGGGAGACGCUGCAACGGGACGUCCCGGCUCGCCCCGGACGGCUGUGAGCUGGUGUGCUGUGGGCCUGGGUACCGAGCGGGCCGGGCUGAGGUGGUACAGCGCUGCUCCUGCAAGUUCUCUUGGUGCUGCUCAGUCCGCUGCCAGCAGUGCAAGAACACAGUGACUAUCCACACCUGCAGAGUCUGAUAGGGCUUAGCAUGCACGCACACAAACAUACACAGACACACUACACAAAAGACAGAUUCUUUUGAGCACACAUUUACUAUUUAACACGGCUGUUUUAGGCAAGGUGAUUACGGGAAUUAUUAACGUAAUCUUCUUCACUUUAUCCUGUAUUAGUGGCCAAUUUUAACACACACUUUUAGGGCCAAAGCAAGUAGGAUAACCAUGGGCCAAGCCAUUGAAGGAAAAUAUACACCCACAAGAAUCAGACAAGAGCAGACCAGAAGAGAUGCACAGGCAUGGGCACAUAUCCAGACACAGUGUACCUCAUAGAACUGACUAGAACUGUUUUGUUUCUUUGAAAUUAACCAAAACUAAUGAUAUUACAGCACUUACUGCUUGUCUGCGCAGCUGUCUAUGAUUUGAACCCCCUGUAAUAGGGUAGAAUGUCUUUGUACAUUUAAUGUAUUUAUAUCUCUUUGUGUCUCCAUCUUGGCUUAUUUAUUUGAAUAUCUGCCAUUCAGUCCUUGCUCUUUUCUUUCCAUUCAUUCAUGCAAAAAGUAACUUUCUUAUCAGUGUGUCUUGUUUUCCAUCGCACACUAAUGUGGUCACAGUUGUGAAAAUGAGUUUCUAGGGUAAUUAAAAUGAUACUGUAGUUCAUCCAAUCGUUUUUUUUCUUGUC